AUGCAAACAGCAGCUGAAAUCACGCACAAUCACACCGAACAGUGCGACUGGUUAGGCGAGGAGAACAGAACUGAGCCGCGCGUAACUGAGCAACCGGACUCUGGCGCCUGUCUCUUUCUAUCCAUACUGCCCUAUGAGGAGGCGGUUCCUGCGCUGAUGUGGAUGUUUGUGCUGCUGACUCUCUUCUCACUUCUGGUGAACGGGUUCACCCUGUUCGGGCUCGGACGUUCCGACGACCUCUCUCUGCAGCCACACGUUGCUUUCUUCAAGAAUCUGAUUUUAAGUGACCUGCUACAGACCGUCACAUUCGCCCCGCCGGUCAUCUACUCACUGGUCCAACGCCGGACUAUGUCUUUCAGCGCCUGGUGUUGCGUCCAGUACUUUUUAGGGACCGUCAGCAUUUUCUCCAGCCUUGUCACCAUCACGUGGAUGGCGCUGGAGCGCUACUUCUUCGUGUGCCACGCCAUCCGCUACUUGGUCAUCCUCACUGAGGUGCGCCGGCGGCUAAUCCUGAGCCUCAUUUGGGUCUUCUCCAUCUGCAUCGGCAUCGUCAACGUGGUGUUGCUGUUCACAGGGAGAGGACCUCAGGCUGAACGGGUCACCAAUGGGCUACUGUGCGAGCCGGACACGGUAGAGCAGCACAUGGGUUUCCCCCGUGCCGUUGCCAUUUUUCGCAAAAGCAUCGGCUCCUUCACUCUGCUGCUGUGCCUGCUGGUUUACGCCUUCUCCUACCUGAGGAUGUACCAGGACGCUUGCAACGCGGUGGCCCCGUUCAACGAGGUGAACACCGCUGCUCGCAAGACUGUGUUGUUCUACUGCGGCAUGUUGAUCCUGCAGCUGCUGCCGGUGCUGGUCAAAGUCACCUCGGACGCUCUGUGGGAAGUGGAGGGCACUGCGGCUAUGAUGGCACCGUCCUCUCCUUCUCAGGGCGCACGAAAGGCAGUCGUGCUCCACAUGUCCUUGCUGGUAAUGCUUUUUGUGCCUCCGUGCAUCAACCCGCUGGUGUACGGGACGAGGAACGCGGAGAUGAGGCGGGUGCUGCUUAGCCUGUUCCGGUGUUGGCCGGAGAUAAGGAGCGCGCAUGUUCGCGAAAUGGAGGUAUUAAGAGUUGGAGAUGUUGUUCCUCAAAACCACCGCGCUCACGUUGAGCCCAAUGGGCAGUGUGAAGUUUUGCAGUGA